AUGAAGACUCUCUCGCCCUCAGUCGCUUUCUUGGUCUUGACCACGUCUGUCCUUCGCAUCUUCUGUCCCCUGCCCAUAUUAGUUGCCGGUAUACGUCCAAACCAGGAAGACCAAGACUGUCAAUCAGCAUGGCCAACCAGUGCUCCGGACACGUCUUCGCGAUUGUUCAGGCCACCAACGGCAAUAUCCUCACAUGGCGCUGCUCCGACUGCAACUCGGGACCGUUCGUGGCGAUAUGGCGCUGCAAAAUCUGUGGACAUUGCCGAUGCCAUACAUGCCACAAUGUCAAGGGUUAGACAACUGGCCCGUAGGCUCCGGGUGAAGGGUCGGGUAUACUGCCGUGGGCGUAUUCUGCGGAGAAUCGCGAAGCAACAAGGUUAG